AUGUCUCCACUGGCAGCUGGGCUGCUGCUCUGGGGUUUCACUCUGGGACCAGCCACUGCUGUGUUCGUCUAUACAUCCAAUGAAGCUACCCUAUGGGCAGACCCUCAGUCCCUGCUGCAACCCUGGGCCAACCUGACACUCACGUGUCAGACUGAAUUCCCUACCAAGGACUUCCAGCUGAUUAUGAAUGGAUGGCGUCUAGAUCAAGUCCACCUUGAUAAAUACGUCAGGUCACACCGGUUCCAGCUGGGGGCAAUUACAAGCAGCAACAGGGGCCUCUACCGCUGCCGAUAUGGCGUGGAGCCCCCCACUAGUAAACUGACUGAGCUGAACAGAUGGACAAUGCUAAGCAAUCCUGUUGAGGUGACAGGGACAGAGCCCUUGCCCCGACCCUGGCUUUCUGCCGAGCCAGUGCCCUGGAUCACCCCUUUCCUGGGCACAUACCUGCUGUGUCAAGCUGCACUGCGGGGCGUCACUUUCCUGCUGAGGUUGGAAGGAGAUGAUAGCUUCCUGAAGGUGACUACAGCCCAAGACAUGGAAAAGGCCUGGUUUAUAGUCCGCAAACCUGGCAACUACAGCUGCAGCUACCGAACUCAUGCAGAGGGUGUCCCCUCUGAGCCCAGUGCUUCUAUGACCAUCAAAGAGUAUGCCACACCACCUCCGCCCAUUCUGUACUUUAUGGGAAAUUACCCAGCGGUCCAGCGUCGGAGCACACAUGAGACCCUGGCCUGCAAAGCUCCUCGAAAUGCAGCUGAAUUCCAAUUCAGGCGGGGUGAGAAGGUGCUAAACAUUCAUGGGGUGAGCCCUCUCCGAGACCUCAGACUCUACUACCUGAACUUGACCGAGCUGGAGGACCAAGGCCCUUUUACCUGCCGCUACCGUCUACACAGAAAGUUGGACACUUGGUCUGAAGACAGUGAACCCAUAGAACUCAUGUGGACUGACGAGACACUGCCGGCACCCACGCUCACAGCAGAGCCAUCAAGUCAGAACCUUGAACCUGGCUCGACCGUGCAUCUUCGAUGUACUGCACCCAAGGCUGGCCUCCGCUUUGGCCUCCAACGCCAGGGUGACUCCGAGGAGCCUCUGCUCCAGAUGCUGAAAACAUCUGGUACCGAAGCUGUCUUUGAGCUGCACAAUAUCUCAACAAUAGACUCUGGCAACUACAGUUGUACCUACAUGGAACGGGAAGCCCCCUUCUCAGGGUCCGCUCCCAGUGAACUCCUGGAGCUCCAUGUGAAAGGGCCACCACCCCGGCCAAAGCUUGAAGCUCUGUGGACGGGCGUUGUACCUCUGGGCCACGAAGCCCACUUUCGCUGCCACGGACACGUGCCCAAGGUCAACAUGGAGCUGGUACGUGAGGGUUUCCGCACACCCUUCUGGAUGAAUCAAGCGAUGACAAGUACCUCAGCAGAACUGAAGCUGCCCUUUGUGGGUCCCCAACACACAGGCAACUACAGCUGCCGCUAUACAGCCUUGUCACCCUUCACCUUUGAGUCAGGAAUCAGCGACCCUGUGGAGGUUAUAGUAGAAGUGCUAGAGUUAGAGACGAUGGGUGGUGGAUUUGGAACUCUAGUGAAAGUGCACCUUCGGAAUAUGACUGACGAGCUCUAUGUCUCCAUCUUCUUGAUGAAGGGAGAGAAGGGAACUGCUAUUCCCUUUGUGUCGCAUCCUAGUGUGAUCAGCAAUGGCAGAAAUAUCCAGAGCCUGGCUGCGCCUAAGAAACUGAAUGUUCCAAUAUCUUAUAUUGUGUUCGCAGACAAUAAAUGCGGCUUCGCUCCCUCCCGGCUGCCCGGAGCCGGAUCUACAAUCCCGUCCCUCCCGCUCCGGCGCUUGUUGCUCGCCCGGUCCGAGCGGGAGCUGCGGACAGCGGGAAGCCCAGCUACCUCCGUCUCCUUUCCUCUUCGUGUGCUCCACCUUCCGGGAGAUCUGAGUGAGGGGUUGUACAGCAGCGAGCGUGAACAGGCAUUGCCCCCACCAUCUUCAUUUCUUGGGGUGCUACGCAGCCGUGCGGGGCGGGAAGGGGAGAAAUGCGUCUUUCCCCGCUGCCUGGCUUCGUCCCGGUCCGCGCUGGGAGAGGAGGCACUGCGGAGCCCACACCUGCCAACUCGCCCUAGAAGUCUCAGGGUGCGGCAGGGCGCCCCUCCCGGUCCCCCAGGGCUUCCACCUCUCCGCGAGUGA